GACAAUGGAGUCAUUAUGUACAGUUUCCUGAAAGAUUAGACGAGUUUCAUUCUGUGAUGGUGCCAGCCAGCCCCAGUCCCUGUCCGUUCUGUGAUGGCGCUAGCCACCGACUACCGAGGAUGCCCACUUCAUCAAACCGCCAUUUUCUUAGAGAAGAAAGAGAGAGAGAGAAGGAAAGAAAAUCUCUUCAAUUUUCAUUUUGCUUCUUCGACGAGUCCCAAUUCCCAAGCACAUCGCCAAAAUCCUGAUUCCCGGUUGAUGAGCUCUCUCUCUCUCUCUCUCUCAAAGGCGAGUUUUCAUGCGUUGCUUGCUCGCUUCAAACCAACUUUUUCGACUGUACGCAGAUUCACGUACCCUGUAAUACUAGAAAACCAUAGAGUUUCUCUCUCUUCAUUACUCCAAGCUUCGAAUCUCUCCCUCUUUUUCUGUGCUCUCCGGUCCCUUUCUUCAAAUGCCAACCAAACUCCACCUCACUCUCUAACUUCGCUUAAACGCUGUACGAGUGGAAUGGAGAAGAGCAGGCCUCGCUCUGCACUCUCCACUCGUUGGUUCUGCGCUGCGUUUGUGGCGUCCAUCGCGACCAUGAUCUUGGCUCCGACUGUUAUUGACGGAGCUACUGAUUUAUUUGACGUUCAAGCUCUUCAGGUUAUGUACAUUUCACUGAACAAUCCUCCACAGCUAACUAAUUGGAACGCAAGUGGUGGCGAUCCGUGUGGAGAGUCAUGGCAAGGGGUUACUUGCCAAGGUUCUGCUGUUGUUUCAGUUCAGAUUCCAGGGCUGGGGCUCAAUGGGACAAUGGGAUACUUGCUUUCCGACCUUUGGUCCUUAAGAACAUUAGAUAUGAGUGACAACAAUAUUCACGAUUCAAUUCCAUAUCAGCUACCUCCGAACCUUAUAACCCUAAAUCUUGCUAGCAACAACUUAAGUGGGGACCUACCUUACUCUGUUUCUAUUAUGGUUUCUCUUAGAUAUCUGAACAUUAGCCAUAAUUCUCUCUCGCGGUCCAUUGAAGACAUAUUUGCCAAUCUUGCUAGGCUCUCAACCUUGGAUCUUUCUUUCAACAACUUCAGUGGAGAUCUUCCCAGUUCAUUUAGUGGGUUGGCUAAUCUUUCUACUCUUCACGUUCAGAACAACCAACUAACUGGUUCUCUCACUGUUCUGGCUGGUGUGAAUUUGACAGAGUUAAAUGUUGCAAACAACAAUUUUACUGGAUGGAUUCCAAGACAGUUCAGUUCCAUCCAUAAAUUUAUAUAUGAUGGGAAUUCGUUCGAUAAUAGUUUUGCUCCUCCUCCACCACCACCAUCCAAGUCACACCACCCCAGAAGACCACACAAAGCUCAUCGAAGACAUUCUCCCCCAGAUGCAUAUACACUUCAGAGUUCUCAUGACCAAGCUUCCAAACGAGAGAAUGGAAAUAAAAAGCAUGGGUUGACAGCUGGUUCUGUUAUAGGAAUUGCUCUUGGUUCUUUGCUCGUGGUUCUCUUGGUGAUGUUUGUGUUUGUAUUUUGCAUCCGUAAGGGCAAAAGGAAGAGACAAACUGCUGCUAGAACUUCUGCAGGAACUCUCUCUAUUACCAUGGACAAAGUGACUACAGAGAUGCAAGCACAAAGGAUUGCUGUUGUGGCAGACUUGAGGCCCCCACCUACAGAAAAGUUAAUGGUCGACCGGAUGCAAGGGAAAAAUGGAUCUGUAAAGAGAAUCAAGUCCCCUGUAACUGCUACUUCUUUUACAGUUGCUUCUCUACAAACUGCAACAAAUAGCUUUAGUCAAGAAAAUCUUAUUGGUGAAGGUUCACUUGGCCGUGUUUAUAAAGGAGAAUUUCCUAAUGGAAAGAUAGUGGCCAUUAAGAAGAUCGACAAUGCAGCACUCUCACUUCAGGAUGAAGAUAAUUUUAUUGAAGCUGUUUCAAUUAUGUCACGCCUGAGGCAUCCCAACAUUAUCGCAUUAGUAGGAUACUGUGCAGAGCAUGGCCAACGGCUUCUGGUGUACGAUUAUGUAGGUAAUGGGAGCUUGCAUGAUAUGCUACAUUUUGCUGAUGAAAGGAGCAAGAUGCUAACGUGGAAUGCACGUGUCAGAGUUGCACUUGGCACUGCUCGAGCAUUAGAGUACAUGCAUGAGGUUUGCCUGCCUUCAGUUGUGCAUAGAAACUUGAAGUCGGCAAACAUUUUACUUGAUGAAGAGCUCAUUCCCCAUUUAUCAGACUGUGGUUUGGCUGCUUUAACACCAAACACAGAGCGGCAGCAGGUUUCAUCAACCGAAAUGGUUGGUUCAUUUGGUUAUAGUGCUCCUGAAUUUGUCUUAUCUGGAAUAUACACUGCCAAAAGUGAUGUCUAUAGCUUUGGGGUGGUGAUGUUGGAGCUUUUGACUGGCUGGAAACCACUGGAUAGUUCAAGGGUGAGAUCAGAACAGUCACUUGUAAGAUGGGCUACUCCUCAACUCCAUGAUAUUGAUGCCUUGGCAAAAAUGGUAGAUCCUGUAUUAAAUGGCAUGUAUCCUGUAAAGUCUUUGUCUCGCUUUGCUGACAUCAUUGCCCUCUGCGUUCAGCCUGAACCAGAGUUUCGGCCUCCCAUGUCUGAAGUCGUGCAAGCACUGGUUCGGUUAAUGCAAAGGGCAAGCGUGGUGCGAAGGCACUCCAGCGAAGAAUCGGGUUUUAUGCACAGGACUCCAGAUCGCGAUGCAGCAGAGAUGCUGUACUAGAUAUCCAAGCCUGGUGAAUCCAUUGACACUCUGCAGCUAUAUGAGAGAUGAAGUACAACUGAUCAGAGGACGCAUGGAUUAAAGGAAACUUUGUGAAAGGGUGAGCAGAAGGAUGUGUAACUAUGUCCUAUACAAUUCCAGUCGUUCCAGGAGAGCUUGCAGCCUAGAGUUAAGGUGUAUAUUAUAUAAAACUACAGUAGAAUAAAUUUGUCAUAUUUCCAGACUCA